AUGGCUGGGCAGGACGAGGGGCUGUCCGGCUUCCCAGCGGUCCGCAGGCUGUUCAGGCGUGGAAACUUUCCGGGAACCAUCAAGCCCUUCCGCUCCCAGGGCGAGUCGGGCGUGGACUUCACGGAUGGCGUGCCCGGCGUCAGCGGCGGGGAGGAGGGCGUCGCGGCGCUGCGCAGCAUGAGCAACUCCCGCUUGACCAAGUUCGACAGGAUCCUAGGCGACGCAGUGGUCGACGUGGAGGCGCUGCGAGAGCUGGCCUGGAGCGGCAUUCCCCCGCGGCUGCGACCCGACUGCUGGCGGCUCCUGCUGGGCUACGCCCCUCCCAACCGUGAGAGGCGGGCCGCCAUUCUGGCACGCAAACGCCACGAAUACAGGCGGGUGCCAGACUUUGUUCCAGACUACUACGACGGCGCUGGCCUGGCGGGCGCCUCUGAGGAUGAAGCAGGGGCCCUCAGACAGGUGGCAGUGGAUGUUCCGCGCACGGCGCCGGGCGUCCCUUUCUUCUCCCAGCCGGAUGUGCAAACCAGCCUGGAGCGGAUCCUCUACAUCUGGGGCCUGCGGCAUCCGGCCAGCGGGUAUGUCCAGGGCAUCAAUGACCUGGUGACUCCCUUCCUGGCGGUGUUCAUGUCGGAGUACUUGGAGGGACCCAUGAACGACUGGGCUCUGCUGGCGGUGGAGGCCGACUGCUAUUGGUGCCUGUGCAAGCUGCUGGACGGCAUCCAGGAUCACUACACCCAUGCCCAGCCCGGCAUUCAGCGCACUGUCUUCCACCUCCGAGAGCUGGUCAGGCGCGUGGACGCUAAGACCGCGACACACCUCGACGAGCAGGGCCUGGAGUUUCUCCAGUUUGCAUUCCGCUGGGUCAACUGCCUCCUGCUGCGGGAGCUCCCCUUCCAGCUUGGAGUCAGGCUUUGGGACACGUACCUGGCUGAGGGGUCCAGCUUGCGGGAAUUCCUGGUCUACGCCCUGGCCUCCUUCCUCCUGUCCUGGAGCUCACAACUGCAGCAGCUGGAGUUCCAGGACCUCAUCAUGUUCCUGCAGCGCCCACCCACGGCAGCUUGGACGGAGCAGGACGUGGAGGUCGUGCUUUCCAGAGCCUUCAUGUGGCGCAGCUCAUUCAAGGGGGCCACGAGCCACUUCUCGUGA